AUGAAUCAGGCCAAGAAGUUUCUGAAAGAUCGCCUUGAUUUAACAGUUACUAAAGCGGAUAAAGGGAAACACAUAGUGGUUAUGAAAACGGAGGACUACAAACGAAAAAUGAAUGAACUAGUUAAUGAUACAGAAACAUAUGUUGAGUUAUCGAAGGACCCGACAACUAAAACGUUGAAAUUAAUAAACACCACGAUCGACAAAUGGGUUAGCAGUAACUUUAUCGAAAAACCCAUUGGGAGGAAAUUAAAGGUGUUUCACUGCAAUCCUCCAAGGGCAUACGGUUUGCCGAAAACCCACAAGGAAGAAAUUCCACUUCGGUUGAUUGUUUCAACUAUUGGAACAGCAACUUAUAAAAUGGCAAAAUUUCUGACUAGCAUCUUGAACGGGAUUGUUGGCAAAACUGAACACCACGUGAACAACAGUUUUCAGUUCGCGGAGGAAAUAACGAAAAAAGUUCUCCCAGUGGGUUCAGUUUUGUUUUCGUUAGAUGUGGUGUCCCUGUUCACUAACGUCCCAGUGGACUAUGCUAUCCAGUCAGUGGAACUGCGCUGGACAGAAAUAGCGGAACACACAGACAUAGAAAAGGAAAGCUUCAUAGAGAUGUUGAGAAUUGUUUUACAAUCCAACUUUUUCCAACUAAACGGUAAAAUCUAUGCUCAAAAGUUUGGUGUACCAAUGGGGAGUCCGCUGAGUCCGGUGAUAGCAUCGAUUGCACUGGAACGAAUCGAAAAAGCUGCGCUUGAAGCGUUAUCGGAACGAGACAUUAUUCCUGUUUUUUAUAAACGGUACGUGGACGACUGCCUGGUUUGUGCCAAACUGAAUGAACAGCAAUCUAUUAUGGAUAUGUUCAAUGGCAUGCAUCAACGGCUGAAGUUCACAAUCGAGCAAGAAGUGGAUGGCAAAAUCAAGUUUUUAGACAUGAUCAUACGACGUGAAGAGGGCGGCUUGACGACAGAGUGGUUUCCGAAGGAUGAGAACGGACGAUACCUGGACUUUGGAUCGGAAAAGGUGCGAAAAGGUUGGACCCAAAUUUUGGAUGAUCAUCAUCGGUCCAGUGGAGUGGUCGACACAGGAGGAGGCGAACCAGCCAAGAAUGGUCUAAUCCUAGACCACCGGAAGCAGAGGCAAAAGUUGCAUGCCAGUAACAGUGCGAAACAAGUAAAGGCAAAACGUAUAUCGGCGCACAAGUCCAGCAUAACCAAACUAGAUAUGCUACUGAGCACAGGAUGCGAGUAUUCAAGCGAGCAGAUUAAAGCAUUCGCUGAUAGCACGACAGCUCUCAUCAAGCAUUGCGUGACCCAUCAACAUCGUUUCGAUCUAGCAAAGGCAAGUGUGCUCGAUCGUACAUACCAGCACUCACGCCUAAACACUCUUGAGACAUUCCACAUAAAAUCCUCCCAGCACGCAGUAAACUACCGAUCAGACGUAGAGAACAUGUCUCAUGUAUACGCUGAGAUACUUCACACGGUCGGUACAGAACGAAAGAGAAGAAACACAAGAAAGAACUCAACAGAUCCAACACUCAGUGCUCCCGAACCGACGGCCCCAUUGGAAUCAACCCAUUUGGAAAAACCGCCAGACUUAUGUUCUUAA